AUGGCUACUACUUCCAACUCGGUGGUUCUCUUCUUGGGCUCUGACUCACUGAGUCAUCAUCAUAAUCAGCCCAGAACAACUCUCCAUCUCUCCUCCAGAUCUCACUCUGUUUCUCUCCUACCAAACAAGCGAUCCAUUUCCCUCGCGCUUCGUUGUUCCAACAAUGGCGAUCACAUCUCAUCUGAAAAAGAUACCCCAAUCGAACUCAAAUUCCCAGCAUUUCCGACUGUAAUGGACAUUAACAAGAUCAGAGAGAUAUUGCCUCACAGGUUUCCGUUUCUGCUGGUAGAUAGAGUGAUAGAGUAUACGCCUGGUGUUUCAGCUGUAGCUAUCAAGAAUGUCACAAUCAAUGACAAUUUCUUCCCUGGACAUUUCCCUGAUCGUCCCAUCAUGCCUGGUGUUCUCAUGAUUGAGGCAAUGGCGCAAGUGGGAGGUAUAGUGAUGCUGCAGCCGGAAGUAGGAGGGUCUCAAGAUAACUUCUUCUUCGCCGGUAUUGACAAAGUGAGAUUCCGCAAACCGGUGAUUGCAGGAGACACACUGGUCAUGAGGAUGACUCUUCUCAAGUUCCAGAAACGGUUCGGGCUCGCUAAGAUGGAAGGUAAAGCUUAUGUUGGUGGUGCUUUGGUUUGUGAAGGAGAAUUCAUGAUGGUUUCUGCUGGUAGUUCUUGA